CUCAGCAACAUUACUACCAAAAUUAGAUCACUUUAACGUCUCAGAAUCUGAUCAAGUAUGGAUUGCUACAUUACCAAGCCUAGCCUGUAUGCCAGGAGCAAUUCUAGGUCCAUUUUUCUUGGAAUUCCUCGGUCGAAAAUGGUCCUACGUAAUAAUCGCCAUGUGGAACUUAAUAAACUGGACAAUACUCUCUUUUAGUAGUGCAACCUGGCAUAUUUUACUAGCCAGAACAAUGCAGGGUCUAAACGAAGGAAUGAGCUACUCUCUCAGUACGUGUUUCAUCGUAGAAGUGGCACCUUUACAAUACCGUGCAAAAUUACUCAACACAAUCAACGUAGGCGUCGCCCUCGGAAUGUUAUUCGUUGAUAUUGUAGGCAGUUUCAACUCCUGGCGGACUUCAGCUUUGAUUUUAGCAUGUUUAUCACUUAUAGAUGCUAUUAUCCUACUGUUUAUGAAAAAUACUCAUGUGUGGUACUUGCAAAGAGGUAGGAUUGAUGAUGCCAAGAUGGCGUACUUUUGGUACAGGCCACAGACGAACGAAAACACACAGAUAUUAAACCAGGAGAUUGAAAUUUAUACACAAGAAGCAAAUAUAUCACUGAAUGAAUUAUCCAAGGAAUGGUUAAAGAGGGAAUUUUUAUUUCCAUUGCUAAUAAUGAUUUGGUUCACGGCAACAAUGAUGACCUCAGGUGGUUAUGCCAUAGCUCUUUAUUCAGUUGAUGUUAUGUCGAAUGUUAUCGCAUUGGACGGGUACACAAUCACGAUAAUCAUUGAUGUAGUACGGGUUGCCGCAUCAAUAAGCACUAUUUUCUUAUUGGAAGUGUCUCCAAUCAGAUGGAUGAUAAACGCAGGGACAUUUGUGUGUUCAAUAUCACUUUUAAUACGAGCUGCAAGUCUCUAUUGGGAAGAAGUUAUGUUAACAUGUGGUCCAUUUGUCUUGGGGAAUUAUUCACGGGGAUAACAAAAACAAGUGGAACGGCGUUAGUUGCAAGUUGUUUCUUUGGAAUACAAUUUGGUUUAGGUCAAGUUGUACCAAUCAUGUUUGAGAAUCUUGGAGACGCAACUUAUGUAGUAUUUGCUGUUUGUACAUUCUUUGGUGGU